UUGGGCCACUACAGGAUGUGUUCAAAGACCUGCGCCGGCAUUGGAAGGAGUUCCAAGAUUCAGAGCCUUUCCUGCAUGUACUACAAGGCUUCAUCAACGCAAUAAACUGGCGGGAACCAUGGAUUAUCGCCAUCCUGGUUUUCCACGGCAUCUUGCUGCUAACAGCAUUGACAACGCGCAAGCGAACAACCUUGCAGGCCAUCAUGUUUGCAAGCGCAGCGGGGACCAUUUACGUGUCUGAGCGGCUCAACCGGCUGGGCGGACAGCACUGGGAGCGCUUCGCCACCCAGAACUACUUUGACCCCUCGGGGGUGUUCAUGUCUGCGGUGGUUUCGGGGCCGCUGCUGCUGGUCCUGCUCAUCGUUCUGGUCAACUACCUGAUCAGCUGCGCCGGAAUGCUGAUCCAAGCCAAGAAGCGGGAGCUGCUGUACCGAGCCAAACAGCGGGCCCAAGCGGCGAAGAAGGAUAACGCAGCAGCAUCAUCGGGCGACAAGAAGAAGGACUGAGCACUUUUCCAGGGCGGAAGGGCCACGACGGAUGGUGUGACAGGGGCAUGCUUGCGGGAUGAAUAGCAGGUCGCUGCCACUGCAUGCCGUCUAGGAUGGCGGCUACGAGGGCGCGGGGGAGCGGAGGAGGCAGCCGAGGUACACGCCUGAUUAGCGUGCAGGUGGAGGCAAGGCAGCGGCAUCAUGCUUUGCAUGCAGUUGGCACGCAGGUGUAGUAGGUAUGCAAGCGCAGGUGCUAGGAGUGGAAGAAAUGCGAUGGUACCGUGCGCCGUACCGCGCACGCAUGCACGCACGCAUGGAUAUACGGCUACACGGGCAGUGCAGGUGCAGGCGUUGUAUUCUGCCGUGCUUGAAGCAAUGGUGGUAUGGUGUGUACCGGUGAAAUGUAACUUGAAAUGUUGCAUGUGUGGGAGCUGUGUAAGGCGG